UAUUUGAAAGAAGGGGCAUUUUUCUUUGAAAUAAAAAAAAAAGUCUGCAGACUCAUUGCGCUUUUCGAAGAAAAUCGUUUUUUUUAAGGUUAUAAAAUAAACUUUUGCAAAAAAAAAAUUUCACUGAUUACAGUUACCACAGUAUUUUCCAUUACUUAAAUGCCAAAACAUUCUUAAAAAAUAGUAAAGUUUAUUACUGUAGACACACGCGGUAGUGUUCUGUGCUGUGUAGUGAAGCGUAAAAUAGUGAAAAAACUAAUAUUAAUAUGAAUUCAAUUAUAAAAAACUCAAUUUUAGCUGAUAUCUGGAUUUCUACUCGUCCAUCAGAUAGAGUGUCUGCAUUAUCUGCAUUUUUUGAAGACAAAUUAAUACACGCUAAAUGCGACAAAGCACUUUUGAAUCAAAAAAUAAAACUUUUUAAUAGUGAGAUGAAAAAUAAGUGGAAUUAUAGUGGCCGCAAAAGAAGCGCUUUUGAAAAAACAUAUUCUAAAUGGCUAAAUUGGACAUUCCUUUCCCUUCCGGAUUCCAAUGGAAAUAAGGAUAAAUGUGCUGAACGGGGAAGACCUUCUAAAGAAGAAUUUUGCGAAGCUUCACGGAGAACAAAAAAUCGAAGGGUAGAGCAUUUGUUGAAAAACUAUUCCAUCGAAGAGCUCGAGUAUGCUCUGAAAAAAAUGAAAAAAGCAAGCAAAGUUGAAUGUUUUGAAAGUAGUACCGAAGGUUUGCCCAUAUCUGAUUCACUCGCACUAUACAUACAUAGAUCUGAACUUAUCAGAUCGUAAAUAUAAUAGUUUACGUGCAAAAAUAAACCGGUUGCAUAAAGAUUGUAUACCGAGCUUAAACGCAUUGCAAACAAAAAAACAAACUUUGCUGCCAACGAUUAAAUCGACUGAAUAUUCAGCCGAAGUUGAUCUGAAAUCAUUAUUGCUGAAAACAACGCAAAGUAUUUUAGAACUAAGCCCAGAUAAUGGUGACAUAACCAAAGCUUCUUUGGUUUGUAAGUGGGGCAUGGAUGGAAGUUCGGGGCAUAGCCGCUAUAAGCAAAAUUUUGGUGACGACAAAUUAACGGAUGAGUUUAUGUUCAUCAUUGCGCUAGUCCCUCUGAGGUAACAAAAAAUUAUCUAAUAUGUCUUCCAAAAACAUUCAAUAGCCUUUAAAAAUAAAUUCGAGUUUAGAUCAGUAAAUGGCAUUUUAAUUUACAUUGACAACUUUUUACAGUAUUAUUUUGCAAAAGGCUGGUCUGAAUUAAUUAAUUUACUCGAUUAGCUAUUUUGCGAUAUGACGGUCUUAUAUCUUUUCGACAAGCCAUAUAAGUUAUUAAAAAAUAAAUAUUUUUUCCAGGUUAAUUGAUUUGUCAUCCAACAAAAAUAUAUGGACCAAUAACAAAUGCUCAUCGUCUUUUUAUUGUCGUCCAAUUAAGUUUAGUUUCAAGAAGGAAAACCGCGAACUAGUUCUAUUCGAAUAUAAUGAUAUGUCGAGAAAAAUUGAGAACUUAGAAGAUGAUGUUGUAAUACGAAACGGAAAAGGGAUUCAAGUUUCUUAUCAAAUGCAUUGCACCAUGAUUGAUGGAUCUGUUGCCAAUAUUUUGACUGGCACUAAUGCUUCCAGUAACUGUUUUAUUUGCCAUGCCAAACCGACCGAAAUGAAUGUUACUAAUUUUACAAAAGUACCAAUCGCUAAUCAUUACAAGUAUGGGUUGUCUACACUGCAUGCUUGGAUUAGAUGUUUUGAGUGUUUACUCCACAUCGCAUACCGUUUAACAUUUAAAUGCUGGCAAGUUCGCAAAGAAAACAAAGACGCCUUUUCUGCGAAUAAAGUUAGGAUUCAAAAUGAGUUUAGGACAAGAUUAGGCUUAAUAGUGGACCAAGUAAAGACUGGAUUUGGAACAACUAAUGAUGGCAACACAGCUCGCAAAUUUUUUUCAAAUGCAGAAGUGGCAUCAGAAAUUACCGGCAUUAAUAAAGAGCUAAUUCAAAAUUUUUCAAUAAUACUGCGAUUAAUAUCGUGUGGAAUGCGUAUUAAUAUCGACGCGUUUAGAGAGCUCCUUAUAAGGACAAGAACAAUGUAUUUGACUGAAUACGAAUGGUACUACAUGCCUAGCAGCGUGCAUAAAAUAUUGAUGCAUGGGUGUGAGGUUAUUGAGUAUUUCGAUCUACCAAUUGGCAAUUUUUCAGAGGAAGCUCUGGAAGCUUUACAUAAACACAUACGUAUCGUACGAUAUGAUCAUACACGUAAAACUGCUCGGGAGCAUACAAACAGAGACUUGAUGUCAUACUUAACAAUAUCAUCAGAUCCUGAAGUAGUUUUUAAAAGGAGUGCUAUCCCAAACAAAAAUGCAGUUUAUACAAUGGACGAGCUGGAAGAGUAUUUAGUCGAUGCUGAAGAAACUUAAAAGUAAUAAGUACCCUUCAGUCAACUCAAUUAGUUUUAUACUAAUCAAAUACUAGUCAGCCACACGGCCUCAACUAGUUCGAGUUCUGUAAUUUUUCCAUAUAAGCAACUGGCCACGGCGAUGUCCUACGAGAUGGCAAUUGUCCUCUUCUGCAUCAGCACUAUACCAGUUGGCAUACUAGUCAGCCUCUGCAUCAGCAAUAUAUCAGUUGACAUACUAGUCAAUAUAUACAUCAAUAUCAUACCAUUUAAGAUACUAGUUCGUAUAUACGUCAUGAUCGUACCUGUUGGCAUACUAGUCAUUAUAUACAUCAGAAUCAUAGCAGUUGACAUACUACUCAGUCUAUGCGCCAGAACAUACUAGUCAGUAUGCACGUCAAGAUCCUACCACUUGUCAUACUAGUCCACGAAUUUGACAUUCAUUCCAGUUGGUAUACUAUGGGAUGGGAUUUUUCUGAUUAGUAUGAUUUCUAGUAUAGAUUACACUUUUUCUGACUAGUAUGA